GGCGGACACCGCCGAAACGUCACGAUGCGUCGAGAGAACGCGAUUGGCAAAAAUCAGAUUGCCAGCGAACGCUAUUGGCGGAGAAUUGAGAACUGUGGGUUUGCAGCAAAUGCAUUUGCAGCAUAAUCUCUAUAUAUAUGUACGGAUCGUAUGAGCAAAACAAGUGUGGUUGUCUAAUGAGCGCUUUGUGAUCCAAUAGGUAUCACAUUUGGAGCAUUUAAACCGAUUUAAACAUCACCGCACAUGCACAUAUCCUCACACAUUCUGUUGAUUAGUGUGCGAUCAAUUAGGUUAGGAAAAUUCAACAGAUCGCGGUGGGUGUAUGUCUUUUUUAAAUUACUUGUCUCGCAUUCUCUCGCGUAUGUCGUUAUAAUUGUCCUUGAUUAUGGAGGGUAAAGAUUUUUAUAUUAAAAUAAUCAACAAUGAAAAGGGUAAAGGAUUAUUUUCCAAUCGUACUUUUAAGGAAGGAGAGAUUAUAUUCGAGGAAAAACCUGUGAUCUGUUGUCAGUUUUCGUGGAACUCCGAUUACGGAUACUUAGCGUGUGAUCAUUGUCUGAGACCUUUAGAAACUGCCGAAGAGAAUGUUCGAAGACUGACUGGCAAUCCAAAUAUUAUUCUACCACAUGCCGAAUGCUGUGAGACAAAUAAAAACUCAAUUACUGAAUGUCCCGCAUGUGGUGCUAAAUAUUGUAGCAUAGAAUGUCAGAAUGAAGCAUUUGAAAGAUAUCACAGCGCAUUGUGCUUGCAGUCAAGAGAUAAGAAUGAGAAUCAUCCUCUCACUCAGUUAAAUGAAACAUGGAAACAAAUGCACUAUCCACCCGAAACUGCAACAAUCAUGUUACUGUCAAGGAUGGUUGCUAUGGUUAAUCAAGCGAACAACAAGCAGGAUGUAUUAGCAAUGUUUUCACAAUUUUGUCAUCGUACUACGAAUGAUACUUAUGAAAUUGCACAUAAUUUAUUAGGGGAGAAAUUUGUGGGCCAAAUUAACAUUCUUAGACAAAUGAUGCUGAAAGCUCUUAAUACUCAAGACACUGCACAUUGGUUUACACCAGAUGGAUUCAGAGGUCUAUUAGCAUUAGUAGGAACAAAUGGUCAAGGAAUUGGUACUAGUGCAUUCAGUCGAUGGGUGAAGAACGUUUGCGCGUUAGAUCUGCCGCAAGAUCAAAGAAUUCACAUUGACAAGCUGAUAAGUAGGAUUUACGACGAAAUGGAAGAAGUGGUAGGCACAUUUUUAAAUAACGAAGGGUCUGGUCUGUAUAUUCUGCAAUCGUCAAUAAAUCACAGUUGCUCGCCAAACGCAAUUGUCGAAUUCCCUUACUCGAAUAACACCUUGGUGCUAAAAGCUAUACGGGAUAUACAGGAUGGCGAGGAAAUCUGUACGAGUUAUCUCGACGAGUGCGAGCUCGAGAGAAGUAGAUAUUCUAGACAAAAAGCACUGAGCACUUUGUAUUUGUUCGUUUGUAAUUGCGACAGAUGCCAAGCACAAGCUGACGAUCCUGAUGUAACAUCUGAAUCUGACGAUGAAGAAGUAGAUAAUGAUGAAUUCUAAUGAAAGAAGAGAAUAAUGAUACCCAUAAUAUGUGACCACGUUCAGCAGAAUAAACGCUAUUCAGCUAGUAAACAUUUUGUGAUUGUUGCUUGUCAUUGGCGUAACUUUCACAUUUUGCAAUAGAUGAACAUGCCAAUCACAGACAAUAAACACAAAGCGCUAAGUUCUGCUAAACGCCAAUGUAUGUUACCCUGCUAUGGACACAAUUUUUGUAUCAAGCAUUUGUUACGAAACAAACACCUCAAAGAAAAAGUCAAGAAAAUUAAAUUCAUCACGGAAGACAGAAUUGUCAUUACAUCGAAAAAAACAAAUUUUGUAAUAGAUAUCUUGUUACGAACUUACUUGACUAUCAUACUACCAUAUAUUACACUAUACUGAAUGAGUAUUACAUAAGUUUCAGUAAAACAAAAAUCAUAUUAUUCUUAACUAAACUUGCGUAGAUUUUUAUUAAUGUAACAGGUGC